AUAUAAACAUCGCAGUUAGGAUUGACUCAGUCCUGCUAUUAGUUAGCAACUCCAAAUCACGUUGGUCAUUAACUUUGAUUGGGGGGUGAAUCCUCAGACUUUCGUAAGUAAAUCAUAGCGUUCUUUGUCCAACAAGUUAUUGUUCACUUUAAAACUUUUGGCAUCCGCGAAAAGCUUCUGGCGUCUAGGGGUUAAAUGAUCAUAAACUCCUGCUUGAUUUAAAGAAGUUUCUGGAGGUAGAUUGACCUGUCUUGGGUCAACACUUCGCAUGUUUCGUCUCACUGCCAUAACGUUUUCACGUGCCAACCGUCGAACAAAUUUACAAACAAUCGGUCUUGCUUGACCGCCAUUAUUUCUUCUCGGUUUAACACGAUGGGCAAUAUCUAUGUCCGAUAUCGAUACUUCAGCUCCCAUAGCGUUGAAUAUUUUGACACACAACGUGCUUGUUUCGAUUGCAGUUUCCUUCGGGUUAAGAUCGGGUAUUCCCACCAGUUUAACGUUGUAUGCAUAACGAUAUUCUUCCACUUCGACAAUAGAUUUUGAUAAGCCCUCGACCUUCUCUUCCAAGUCGUUCAGCCGAGACUCGAAUUUGGAGAAUCUUUGUUUGGCAGAACUCUGAGAGCGGCGUACAUCGCCGUAUUCGUUGCUCAAAUACUCCAGACUCUUUAGCGUUUCUUUAUCUGGCGACGAGCCACUGUCGUCAUUUUGGGUAGAUCUGGCUUCAGAUAUUUUAGCGUCUUGUUCGAGCUUCUUAAAAUCUUUUCUUAUACAGUCAAUUUCAGCUUUUAGCUCUUCAUUUUGUUUCUUUAAUGACUUUAUAGUAUCCUUUGACAUUUUUUUUAUAUAACAUCAGGAGCUCAAAAUGAACGUCCGUACACACCGCACGUCACGUAUGUAGUACAAGCUAGGUAAUGUUUAGUUACAAGCUAGGUAAAGUUUAGUUAAUGUCUGAGAUAAAAGGUGUUAAAAUUUGGUAAAAGUAAAUAUUUGGUUAUGUUUGUGCAGAAAAAAAAAUUAAGCUUUGCUAAUGUUAGUCCGGAGUUUUAUGGAGAAUUUUGAUGGAAUUUUAUGGAGAAUUGUGAUGAAAUGACCAGAAUUGAAAAUAUUUUCUGAUAAAUCUGUUCGAAUCGCCUUGUUUUUUUCCUAGUAUUUUCCCGAAUUUCCAUGGUUUUUUAAAGUUUCUAGUUUCCCUUUUCUAGUACGCCUAUGCCCAGUAGCGAGAGGUGAUAUAAAGCGCCGCUAUAUACAGUAUUGUUUGACAAGACAAAAAUACAGAUACUUCCAAACCGGCACCACUUAUUUUAAAUAAAUUAUUAUCCUAUAAAUCAAUUCUUAUCUUCAUGGUUUGAUACACAAAGGUCAGUACAAAAUCGUUUAAAAAUGUAAGGGACCGGUCAUAAAGUAUAGGGGAUGGGUGGGCUGGAAAAAAAACAGGGGUGGGUCAUCGAAUUUUGAACAUCUGAAAGGGCCGGGGUGGGUCAUUGAAAAUUUAACAACAUUUUGGGGUGGGUCGUAGUAAAAUGUGCUUGAUGAGCUACAAUCUUGGACAAAACUGGUUGAGACCCAGUGUAAUAUUCAUGCCAUAAAAAUAUAUUCUGUAGCUAUGUCCAUUAAAUUAUGGAUUUAUUUUGAUGUAACCCCCACUCCCCCAGUCCAAUGUUGCUAGUAUUUGAUAGUCACAUAACCCAGGUACAUGUUUUCGUCCAAGCAACAUUGAAUCAGGGGGGAGAGGGGGGCAAAACCAUGGAAAUUUUAAACACUCAUGCACAUGACAUUUGAUCUCAUAUUUGUCUUAAGUGUAUUGUCCAAGAUUGUCUGAGAGUGCACCACUUAAGUGGCUGUGUAAAACUAGCAAAUAACUCUGGGUUAAAUCAUGUUAAUUUGUAUUUAUACAUUUUAAGUUAUAUCUAAGACAUUCCUAAUAGUAUUUUAAGUAUUUAAAUAAGGUGUCUAAGUAAAUAAUAGCCCAUAACUAAGCCAUAUUUAAAAAUAGCCUGUACAUGAAUGAUAUAUUUCUAGUAAGGAUGUGCUUGUUUAAUUGACAUGGAGCUUUUGAUGGAAUAUGACAGUGAUAGUGACUCUGGUGAGGCUAAUACACAAGAGUUGCAAAAUGGUAGUCGCUCAGUGUACCUUAUUACGUAUAGUCAAGCCGAUAAAGCAGUAUUUCCAACACGGAAAGACUUUGCUUUAGAAGUUGAGAAGUCCUUUUCGACUGGCAAAGUUAAGGUCGUGCAAUGGUGUUGCUCAGAGGAGGAACACAGAAAUAAAGGAAAACAUUACCAUAUAGUGGUAAAGCUUACACAAAACCAGCGAUGGCUUACCUCUAAGAGGUUCCUAAUGGAAAAUUACGGCGUAAGUGUCCACUACUCGAGUGCCCAUCACGACUAUUACAGUGCAUGGAGAUAUGUCACGAAGUCGGAUAAAGAUUUUGCUCAAAGUGAAAACCACCCCCGUCUACGAGAGGCUCCUAAACCAAAAACGACUAAUGCGAGCCGGGCCAGAUGCACCAAGAGGGAAGUGAAACGUCCAGCUCGAUAUUCUAGUGCCCAGGACACCUUGCUCGAAGAUGAAGACGAAAAAGGAGAGAGGCCAACCGCCAGGAAACGCAAAAAAAGACUAACAGCAUUCGAGGUGUCGCAGAUCAUGGUAGAGGGGAACAUUAAGAAUUUGAUUGAGCUUCAAGCCCUUGCGUUUGAACAAAAAGAGGAAGGAAAAACUGAUCUGGCCGAGUUCCUAGUCAAUCGAAAUCCUCGAGCAGUUGCUGAUAUGAUGCAAUCUACAUGGAAGAUAGAGGAAGCGAAAGCUAAAUUGGAGAGAGCAAAGAAAACACGAAUGGAACUGCUACAGGAGGCAAGACGGAGUGAAUGUGCACAAGGUUGUAACGGCGAUUGGUUAAGUUGUGCUGAAGAGAUUCUUCACAAUAAUGGCUUAUCAGUAGAGUACUUCGGCGAAGUCAAUUAAUAAAUUUUGGAUAACAUGAUUUUUCUUGAAUUUUUUUCUGUGUUGGUGUUGUGUACUCAGGUGAAUAAUAUGUUUGCGAUGUUACUCUGAGUGCAUAUCCGGUGUGGAUAUGCACUCAGACAGAGGAGGUUGGACAACAGGCCGCAAAGCAUCAUGGGUAUUGAGCGCCUAAUUCGACGCGUGGCUUCAUUGACUGUUGACUGUCGAGGAGUGAACAGCUCUCUGACUAAACAAAUAUGGAAGCUUUAAUUUCGAACGACAAGAGUGUCAGAUACUCUGUGAAAACAGCAUAUUGCUGUAUUGUUGCGAUCCUCAUUAUGACUUGUGUUUUACUAUAGCAAGUUUACCUUUUUUUUAAAUUGCAUGGGACGUGUUGUCAUUUUAGUUUAGUUUAUAAAUAAUCCGUCUGAGCGAAGGAAUUGUGUUUAUAGCAAGGCUCUUCUUUCUAAUUAAAGUUGGAUGGCGUUAUUAAAUCUCCGUGUAUCAUCAACGUAAAAACAAGCGCAGUAUUUAAUAAGGUUGGUAUACUACAAUGCAUUACAGUUAUCUUGUUAUUUAGUCAAAUUUCAGCUUUGUUGUUUUUAUUCUUGCACUGUACUGUACUGUAAUUUCAUAAAUACACUGUACAAAAUUAUAGCGUAAUAAUUAACAAUUAUUGGAUGAGGUUUUUGUGAUAUGCGGAAUUAUCAAGGUCGAGGUAAGCGUUAUCAGCCGAGCCGAAGGCGAGGCUGAUAACGCUUACCGAGACCUUGAUAAUUUUGCAUAUCACAAAAACCGAAUUCAAUAAUUGUUUUAUUAUACAUUUGUUUGUGUUACAGUCAAAAUACAAAAACCUUCCCGCUUCUGUAACUUGUUUUGUAUUUAUUUGUUCUAUUUUCUGUAGCGAUUACCGCUUUAUCGGCACAUAUAGCGUUAGGAUCCGGCAGAAUUUCGCUUUCCUUCCUUUAUAUACGUCAAUUUGUAGCAAUGGAUACACCUUUCGUUAGAUUCUUUGCAUAAAAGUUGCGAAACUUAGAUCUUAUAGCGAUAUUUGCUGAUAAAUCGGUUUUAAACCGCAGCCUAUAGUGUGUUCAUACUAUACAAAUUUAAAAUUACCGAAUACAAUAAUUUGACGUACUAAAAUGAAAAUUUCACAACUUUUAUGCAAAGAAUCUAACGAAAGGUGUAUCCUUUGCUACAAAUUGACGUAUAUAAAGGAAAGAAAGGGGAAUUCUACCGCGAUAUUUGCCGAUAAAAAACGCUACAGAAAAUAGAACAAAUUAAAGAAAUACAAAACAAGUUACAGAAGCGGAAGUGGGAAUGUUCUGGAAUGUUCUUGCAUUUUGACUGUAAAUAGAUACCGCUUGCUAAUCAUCGCAGGCUCAUUUGCAGAUAACCGAGUUAUCUGCUAGCAGAUAACUAAAUUUUCUGUAGGUUGCGUGAUUGCGCGAUUUAACUGUAAGCUCUUAGCCAAUCAAAUUGCUUUUACCAAUUACAAUGUAUAAUAAUUGUGUUUAUUGCCUAUAGUUUGACCCUAUUGUGUGUGUCUAUGUACUGUGUCACUGUGAUACAUAAUUAUGUACAUGUUUUGAGUUAAACAAAUUGUUUAAUAAAUUUUUGCUGAAGUAUGAUGCCUGUUUGUAUCUAGUUUUGGAUAGAUUUUUACAUAUAUGUGCAUACAGUAGUUAUAUAUUUUUCAAUAUUCAUCUGUAAAUAAUAUUGCCAUACUUGUGUGUUGUUCUAAUAUUACUGUGAAUAGUGACAUACUUUUGCAUUAGAUUGCUAAUUUUAGAGAUUACAGUGUGUGUAUAAAAUCAGAGGAAUAGCACCAUCUAAGACAAAGAUAUUGUUAGCGUAAACCAAAAACCCAGAUUAUAGCGAGCGACACAACAAAUAUGAUACAAGGCAACAACAAAUAUUCCAAAAUAAUUCCUUUCGAUAAAUUUAAACCAAUUCCGAAAUGCGCGUAGAAGAAGCGAAGCACGUCUUUAGCUUUAAUUUGAUAAGUAGACAGUUAGUAGCCUUAGUAAAGAUUGACAAAUGAAUACUUUAACCACAAAAUAAAACGGAGGUCACUUUGCGCGUCACGUCACGUUAAGCUAUAAUGUUAAUUACUGAUGAUGCAGACUCGCGUUUACGUCAGUGUCGCCAUGGCAACACGAUAAGAUAAUUUUAAUUUUUAUUGUACUUUUGUACAAGACGUCCAAAAUAGUCAAAAAAUUAUUGCUUUUAACUAUAUAACAAUGGAUUCCAAAAUAUGUACUGUAGGCCUAGGUAUGUUGUUCUGGAUUUUGUGGGCUUUGAUUUACAGUAAAAUUUAACCUGAAUUGCUUCGUAAAAUGUUUUGAAAAUUUUAACGACUAAACUGCUAUUGCCGGUAAACUGUUUUUACUUCAAAUUGUUACAUAAUUUCAUUUAGGUCAUCAAAUUAUAAUUUACUCUCUUUUACAUUUACCUUCUUAAAUUAAACAGGGCAGCUUCUUUGACAAGGAAAACAGCAGUGCAUGUUUUACACUUUUACGCAAUAAAUUAUUAAAGCAACAAAAUUAUAAUCAUAAAUAGUAAACAUUGAAAGCGAACUUACUCUACAUUUCACAAUUUUACAUAGUAAAUAAAUUCUUCUCAUUUUUUCAAACAAAAUUUCCUUCAAAGGUCAUUGUGUGAAACGUGAUUUUCCAAAUAAUAAUUAUAUACGAAAAUGCGUAAAUUCGUUAGUACUUUUUACCGAAAUGGCAUGUGAUAAAAACAAAACAUACUUGAAGGUUCGGUGAGUCCGGGAUUGGACGCACCUCGGGUGGCUGAAAGUUUCUCGAACUCACCUCGCUUCGCUCGGUCUCGCUUCGGGAAACUUCCAGCCACCCUCGGUGCCGCUGCGUCCAAUCCCGGACCCGGACUCACCUCCCUGCAAGUAUGUUUGUUAUAAAGUACCACCUCGUAAUUGCGAAAUGAUAUUUGACACAAAGGCAUACUUACCGACGUUUUUGCAAGUGGGUCCACUGAAUCCUUUUGGACAUGUGCAUUCGAAAACAUCUUUGUUCACAUUUUUACAUUGAGCCCCAUUAUAGCAAGGCUUUUUGGCACAUGGUUUGUCUAAAGUGCGAUUGGAACAUUAUUAUAACGAAUUGUUCACUGUUGUAAAAUAUGACCCAGAGGAAGGGAAGUGUUCAUAUGUCUUAUUGAAGCAUUUCAUAAUUUUAAUAAUAGAUAACUGCAUGAUUUUGGCACAUAAAGUAUUUUAAACGCAAACGAAAUUCAUGUUACUAAUUUGGGCUUUGGUUUUGGCGCAGUUGGUACUAGCUCAAUUCUGUUUUCAUUAGUUCCACAAUAAUGUCUUUAGUCAAAGUCUUUCGUGUACCACAAUAAUCGUGAAUAUCGUAAAGAUGCAAAGGGUAGACAAUAAAGGGAAUAAUGCAUAAUUUUAUAAAGCCGUUUAUUAUUUAUUGAAGCCGUUUAUCAAAAGUUAAUUAUGAAUUAUACUUUUACUUUUCUCUUCAGUGACACGUCUUUUAGCUGAGACGAAUAAAAAAAGAAUGCAUUAUUUAACAAUUAAAUAUUACCUAAUUACUGAACCUGAGACAAAUAAUUGUUUUUGUAUAAAUUUUUAAUGAAUAAAUUAAAUAAAACAAAAUUUCCAAUCAGUUCAAUUAAAAUUCAGAAAUAAAACAUGCAGUUUUUGGCUGGUUCAAGUUUACUGUUUUAGGGCUAUCUUCAAAAUAGGGAACGGGCAAUCGGGGAAUCCGGGAAUCGGGGAAUCGGCGGGGAAUCCGGGAAUCGGGGAAUCCGGGAAUCGGGGAAUCCGGGAAUACGAUAAAAAUUUUAUAAAAAUUUAAAUAAAAAUUUUAUUCAAUUUACAAUUGGCUAUCUUUAAAACAGGAAACGGGGAAUCGGGGAACACAGCCAGAUUGGGUUUGAAAUAGAGACGCUACAACGUUUACUCGUCAUAUCAGACCCAGACUUUGAAAACAAUCUGUUCACCAAAACACCAUCAAACUCACCAUCCACCAUAUUGACCAACCCAAUUUCAAUUCUCCCACAAUCCAUCACACCUGUUAAUCCACCAACCAGCACGCCACAGAGUCCCACCACCAUGGACACAACCCCAACCUCCACCCAGACCCAACCCAGUACCCCAAUCGUGUCUCCAACCGCCAUCCCAUCCACACCCAAAGACACCUUCACCCUAACAUCCCCAACCACAUCCCAAGCAAUCACACCACAAAAUCCACAAACACACCAAACCACCAACACAUCCCAAGCACUUAUCACUCCCACCAACACACACCACACAACCACCAUAUUCAACAAACUUGUUGAACUCAACUACCGCAAAAAUUACCAUCAACGACAAUUGGCCAUCCUCAACAAGCACAUAACAAACCACACAGCACCAGCUGGUCUUAACAUCAGUGUACAACCCUGGGUCCAGUUGUCACCAAAGCUCAAGGAAGCAUGGGACACUGGCAUUCGGGACUGCAUGUCCCACCUCACAAACAUCCUGCAUCAACACCACUCGGAGGAAUCAUCAAAAAUUGAUGCACAAAUCUCAUCACUCUCCACAGACCUAAACGACAAUCUCCCACAGAGGCUGUCGACUUAUCCACAUCGCAAGCACCCACAAACCACCAUCGAACCACAAACCACCAUCGAAACGCAAAAUAACACCCAAACCAAACACAAAAAAUCAAUCAAAACGCCCUAAAACCACAGCAAUCACCACACCACCUACCAGGAAACCUGAAAAGCAGGUUUUUCGGAAAAGACCACAUCACCACCAACACAGGGGACCAUCACCUGCCACACCCAAACCACCACUACGGGUACCACCUCCACCCAGCAACCACACACCACCACGCCCACCAACAACCACAACUUCACCUCUAGCAAGCAUCAUGCACUCAUCCAUCAAGCAACAGCUGAAGGGGAAACAAGCACAGUUCCCCACAAUUUACAACAUGUUCAUGAAAGGAAAGCAAUAAAAUCUUUCCUCCAUGAACAACUACACAGAAGAGCCAACAGAAUAAACCAUGACAAGAAACACUAUUGUCAACAAAUCCAAACUCACACCAACCUCAUAGUAAAUCUCACCAACCAUGAACCAGCACCACCACUGAAAUGCAUCCUCUCCAAGGGCCUCAAAUUUGUUCCAACACCAACCAAUACCCACCUGCAAACAAUUGUCGAUUCAUUCAAACGCUUCAGAAGAUCCAUGUACAUACACUACCACUUCAGACAUUUUUCCAAUGACCAUCCCAACCCUUUCAAAACCCAAAGUACAUGGUCACCACCCCUUCCAGACAAUCCAAAUUUACUUUCAUACAUUGCCUCUGUGGCAGAAUCCAUUCAACGGGUCUUCAAGCACAACUCACAUAAUCAGCCAAGAUCCAACUUAAAUGAAAACGAAAUGUCAUUCCUUACAAACUACAGCAUUCAUAAUCAAGAAUAUGUCAUUAAACCAGCCGAUAAGGGAGGUGUCAUCGUCAUAUGGUCAACGACUGAUUAUGAAAAGGAGGCACUCUCUCAACUCAAUGACAACAAAUAUUAUGAAAGAAUAGAGGCCCAGCCAGACAUGAUCAUCACAGCACAAACCAACACAAUCACCAAUUAUGUCAAGGAUCUCUUCAAAUUUGGAGACAUUGACUACAAAACACUCAAAUACCUAUUCCCACCCUCACCACCACGCACACCCAUCUUUUAUCUCUUACCAAAAAUACACAAGCCCAAUAACCCAGUGCGACCAAUCAUAUCAGGAUGCGAUUCACCCACAGACAGGCUCUCCUCGUUCAUCGACACACACCUCAAACCAUUGUGCAGUUCACUUCCCUCCUACAUGAAGGACACCAAUCAUUUUCUACAAACCAUAUUCAACAUCACCACACCACUACCACCUAACACCAUUCUUGUCACAAUUGAUGUCAAGUUACUCUACACCAACAUUCCACAUGAUGAAGGGAUCCGUGCGACACUUGAAGCACUAGACACCAAACAUGAACGCAUGUGGCCACUCCGCAAAGUAAUACAUCAAUUCCUGAUACACAUCCUAAAAGAAAACUAUUUCACAUUCAAUGAUCAACUUUACUUACAAAAACAUGGCACUGCCAUGGGCACCAGAAUGGCACCAUCAUUUGCAAACAUCUUCAUGGGUGCACUAGAAAAUCACUUCUGUCAUCUGCACCAGAUCACCUCACCCCUCCUAUGGAAAAGAUUCAUUGAUGAUAUAUUUUUGAUCUGGACACAUGGGGAGGAAUCAUUCCAAACAUUCAUUACACAUCUCAACUCAGCACACCCCACCAUCAAAUUUGAAAUCUCACACUCCACCGAGAGGGUCAACUUCCUCGACACCACAGUCUAUGUCACUCCACAAAAAACACUUGCCACCACACUCUACAUUAAACCCACAGACCGCAUGCCACUCCUACAUCAAUCAUCACACAAUCCAGAAACAUUCAAAAAAGGCUUAAUAUAUAGUCAAAUGCUGAGAUACAGGAGGAUAAUCACUAGUGACAAAGAAUUCCAAGAAAAGGAACAAAACCUCCGGGUCGCACUUAUUGGAAGAGGAUAUAAAGAUAAAGAUAUUCUCCCUCACAUCAACAAAGCCUCAUCAUACACCCAGUCACAAUUACUCAUAAACACCACACCCAAAAACAACACACGAACAUUACCAUUCGUCAUUCCAUACAAUCCAGAUCUCACACCACUCUCACACAUUCUCACACAACACUGGCAUUAUAUUGAAAACGAUCCUGUUUUAUCACGGGUGUGGCCAGAACAACCAGUCAUAGCCUACCAACGUCACAAAAAUCUCAAAGAAUACUUCGUCCGCACCAAAUUCACCCAAUCACCCACAUUGUCUCACCAACAUCACAUGCCAAAAUAAACACAACCCCCCAUGCCAAAAUAAACACAAAGAUACCCACCAAUGGAUGUAUCAAACAAACAAGGAUCAACAAUAGAGAUCUACACAAUAAACCGAGAUCCCCAGCUCCAUCCAAGACUGGGAAAUCAACUCAAAUCACAUCUGCAGAAUCCAGUUGAAAUGAACAAGACAAGACAAUUUCCUAUAAAUUG